AUGAUGAGAGCAGCCAUGGCGAGAGAGAAAGAAGACCACAAAAAUCAUCUACAUCGUGUCGCGUCCUCAAAUUUACCCCUCGUACCUCGAAAGUCUUGGGAAUAUUAUAUCGCGAUUCUACAACCAGGAGUUCCAUUGGAAAAAUGUGAACAUGGAGAUUUUUUAUGGAUUAAGGUUAAGAAGACAGCCACGAUCGAGAAAAUCCUGACAUCACACUUCAAGAGAACCGGUCGAAAUUCUAUUCUCAUGGACGGCGACGUCGGGUUGUCAAUCGAUACCAAAAUCGAGGAUAUCAAAUACUUAGGACUCGGCGUAUAUGCAUUCUGGGAGAUUGUUAAGGUUGAUAAAUGGUGGGAGUAUACAGUUUCAAUGACAUCGACGUAUGCUGACAAAAGGUCGAGGUCGACGAUGGAAGAGAAACAUGGGAGAUCGUUGAGGGAUACAAUUCCUUCAGCUAUGACAUAUGAGGAAAGGGGUUUGAUUGAUUCCAGUGGAAUCUUUCAGGAUACAUCAACCAAACCUUAUUCGAUUGAGAGGAAAGUGGAAUCUGGAAGCUUGUUGAAAACUACUGUCGCUUCCACCAUGACAGCAUAUGAAGAUAUGAGGGCGAUCAAGCUCAAACGCAAGACCAAGUCACCUUUGAGUGAAAAGAAAGAGGAGAAGCCUUGGAGCUGGGAAACUACAGUCCCAUCAAUCAUAGAUAAUACGGUAGGAGCAAGAGGAAAACAAACUCUCAGAGAGCUUCCAAAGAAUAAGUCAAGCAUGGCACCCUCACUUACGAUGAAAGAGGAGAAGUCCAAGGAGCGAUCAGGAGCUGCAUCCACGAACAAAAUUUGCUAUGUUAUUAAAGCAGGACAGAAACGGAAAAUUGGAACAACGACAAAAGCAGAGAUUUUGAAAAGAGAGUUAGCUCAAGAGGAUAGGGCCGAGACUAUGAAACGUAGGAGGAUGGAAUUGGAAUCGGAAGACGCUAACGAUAAGAUGAUCAAGCAAAUGAAAACCGAGUUGGACAAAAAACUGGAUCUUAUGAAGUCGAAAAACGAAAACAAACCAGCCAUCAACAAGCUAAAACCUCUUGCUAAAGACACAAAAUUGGAUUUAAAAAGACAUGAUGAUUAUGUCACCAAACAGCGAAAGAAUAUGGAGGCAAAUUCUCAAAGAUUCGGGAAAUUGCAGUUUAGAGACAUCCUCGAACGAUUCGAGAUUUCAUGGGAACGACAAAGACAGGAUAUUAUCAAUAGAGAUGCACAGUUCAGCAAGCGUAUUGAGGCUGAGCCUCAGAAGUCAACAAGAAGGGCUACUUCAAACACUCAGGACCAUGAUUCCUUUGAAUCCAUUCUCAAGGAGAGAGAAGUUCACCUUGACCUUGAAACUAUUCAGAGACAACUAGACAUCGCGAAACGUGAAUAUCCACAGUCAAAAUUUACUCUUCGCUAUUCUGCCAAUACCGUUCGCUUAGAGUGCGCAUACUGUCCCAAUGUCAAUAUUCAACUGGGACUGAAAGACUCUCGCAAUGUUGCUGGAAUAGUGAAAAGACAUCAAAUAUCAAAGGAUCAUACGAAUAACCGAUAUUAUGAAGCUCAAAGAAAAAAAGGAGAUGAACAGUCAAAAAACAAUAUCUAG